AUGUUCGACGUUGAAGAAUUCGUCGCCGCCUGUCGCGGCGCGCUUGAGGAACACACCCCGGAGCUCGCGGUCAAGGAACUGCUCAGUUCAACCGUCGCCAGGCCGGGCGAAAUCGAGGCGGCCUUGGGAACGCCCGGAGAGGGCGGCAUCUCUACCCUUCACCGCUCGGACGAGCUGACCAUCAUCAACGUAAUCUGGCCUCCGGGAAUGACCAUCUACCCCCAUGACCACCAGCUCUGGGCCGUCAUCGGACUGUACGGCGGGCAGGAGGACAACACCUUCUUUAAGCGCAACCGCGACGGCGAGGGACUGGAGCGCGCCGGGUUCCGCGAACUGCAGUCAGAGGACGCCAUCAACCUCGGCCGCGACGCCAUUCACGCCGUCCACAACCCCCGGCAGAUGUACACCGGCGCGAUCCACAUCUACGGCGGCGACUUCUUUGCCAAGCCUCGCAGCGAAUGGGCCGAUGAGUCGUCCCCCGAGAUGCCCUACAGCGUUGAGGGCGCCAUGCGCGCCUUCGCCGACGCCAACGAGCGAUGGCUUGCUCGGCAGCAGUAG